UUAUUAUUUUUCGGCCACUAUUGCACGUUGACCAAGUCGCGAAGCCAGACGAAUCGCCUCUGUUUUGUUUGCGGCGUUCAAAAAUAUGGAUCUCCUGAUUCCAAGUAUCAACAAGACCCAUGAUGUUCUGAGCAGUAUUGGGGAGGAGAUGGUAGAAUUACCAAACAUAGUGGUUAUAGGAAGCCAGUCGAGCGGGAAGAGCAGUGUGUUAGAGAAUUUAGUUGGACGGGAUUUUCUCCCAAGAGGAACUGGUAUUGUCACUCGCUGCCCAUUGUCUAUUCAGCUGCAUAACAUCCCGAACAUUGCCCAGAAGCCCGGCAGCGACUCGCCAAUCAACGAAUGGGGAGAGUUUGCUCACAUCCCACAGAAGACGUUCGAUUUUGCCCAGAUCAAACAGCAGAUCUCUCAAGAAACGAUGAGAAUUGCCGGAUCGAAUAAAACUGUAUCAAGUGAGGAGAUUGUCCUUAAAAUUUUUUCACCCAACGUGGUCAACUUACGAUUGGUCGAUCUUCCGGGAAUCGCCAAAGUCCCCGUGGGCAAUCAGCCUGCCAACAUUGAAGAAUGUAUUCGAAACAUGAUCAUGACAUAUAUAAGUAGACCGAAUUCCAUUAUUCUUGCAGUUUCCGCUGCCAACACCGAUUUGGCUAAUAGCGACGCUCUCAAACUCGCCUACACCGUCGAUCCCCUAGGAGAUCGAACCAUCGGCGUUAUCACAAAACUAGAUCUAAUGGAUGCCGGGACCGAUGCCCUAGAAAUCCUCAAGGGUAAUCUCUUCAGGCUCAAACUUGGAUAUUAUGCAGUCCUUAAUCGCAGCCAACGAGACAAUAUCAAAAAUGUUUCUAUUCAAGAAUCCCUCAAGCACGAAGAAGAAUACUUCAAAACUCAUUCUGCGUACAAAUCCGUUCAACAUCAAUGUGGCACUCGCAAUCUUUCUAUUGCACUCUCUAACAUUCUUAACAACUCUAUCAAGACGCAACUCCCAAAAAUACGCGCUACCAUCCAACGGCAACUCAUCGAUACCAGGCAAGCACUCAGUUCAUAUUCAUUCGAGACCAAAUCUGUCAGCGAUAAACGCCAAAUCGUCAUCCUUCUUUCAAAUGACUUCUACCGUCGUUACCAAAAAGUUAUCUUCAAACCUAAAAAUACCCAAGAAAUCUACGGCGGUGGUCGUAUCAACUAUAUCUUUCAAAACAUCUUCGCCUCCAGCCUCGCGAACAUGGCCGACUCCAUCUGUGAAAUCCCCAGAGAACAAGUCCUAGAAACCAUCCGCAAUGCCUCUGGCAUAUUUCCUAUCCUAUUUUUGCCAAAAUCCGCCUUCGAAAUCCUCAUCAAAAGCCGUAUUAACCUACUUCGUAAGCCCUGCAUCGCCUGUGUCGACCUCGUCUACUCAGAGCUCAUCUCCAUUAUCAAUGGCCUCAAACCUAGCAAAAUCGUCAAGUAUGAACGCAUUUAUCAAGAAAUGAUCCGAAUCUCUACCGAUAUUAUCGAACAGUGCCGUACUCCCUGCUACGAACUCGUCAAUAACUUAAUCACUAUAGAACAUUCAUACAUUAAUUUUGACCAUCCAGACUUCAUCGCCUCCAAACAAAACUUUGAACUGGCUCUGACCAACUCCUCAGAUGACCUACUACCCACUAAACCUCAAGCUCCUCCAAGGACAAAAAAAGGCACUACUUACCUCGACAGCAAUGACACCAGCUCCGCUGAAGAGGAUGAAGACUACAAAAAAAAUGCUAAGUCACCAGUUGUUGGUGACAGUAAACCUCUCUCAAAUGCUGUAAAAAGAAAAGAACUUCUUAAAUUUUACGCUGAUAAACUAGUGAACCUGAUAUUUGCCUAUUAUAAAAUAGUCAUCAAAAGCAUCACAGAUAUCAUUCCAAAAACUAUUAAUCUAUAUCUAGUGGAUAAAUCUAUAGAACUUAUACAAGCAUCUAUGCCAAUAAGGCUGUUAAGUAGUGAAUAUGAAGAAGUUCUGAAUGAAAGUAUAUCAGGCGUAGAAGCUGAAAAAAAUGUUCUUGAGGUAAAGAUAAAGUCACUGACUAAAGCGAUGCAAAUCUUAAAUGAAAUAAAGUAGAGAUGAUAAUA